UUACGUAUGAUACUGAACGUCCGGUCAAGCUCGUACCGGCGACAGGAAAAGUAGUGUCAAGGGCAGUGGGUUUUGUCGUCCUCCAAGGCUCAAGAUGUAAAGUGACAACUUUUCGGGCUUCUACACCCUGCAGAUUCCUACAGGAGCUACCAUCAAAAGACAAUAGUGAUGUGUACCAGUUAACUGAUUAAAUCUAAGACAAUGGAUAACUGAUGGACAGAAAAUGAAAUCAUUGAAUUGGGCCAAGAUUGGAAGAAGAAUGUUCAAUUUUGUUAAAUUGGGUUGUAUUGUGCACUGCACAACAGAAUAUAUAGGAACAGUGGCUGUGUGUUCUGGGAUCUCAAUGCAGCCUACAAUAUAUUCUGGAGAUGUCAUCUUGGGUGAUAGGUUAAGCAUUGCACAACGCAAGUUAGAAAAUGGUGAGAUUGUGCUGUGCAAGUCAACCGAGGAUCCUUUCAUGUACGUCUGUAAACGUGUAAUAGCCAUGGAGGGUGAGAGAGUAUACAACAAAGGUAGAUACACAAAGGUUCCAAAGGGCCAUUUGUGGAUUGAAGGAGACAACAAAUCAAAGUCCCACGACUCGCGUAACUUUGGCCCUGUACCGUAUGCCUUAGUGUAUACCAAAGCAUUUUACAGGGUUUGGCCUCCAAAUAAAGUUGGUUUUCUGCCUAAAAAUUCCUGAUACACCCUAUCUACUGUGACCAAAUCAAACUACCUCCCAUGAAAAUGGAUGUCAUGUGACCAGAAUCAUGAAAGACUCCUCUUGGUCCAACACAUACCAGAGCAAUUAACAAGAAGUCAACAUGGACAGAAAAAUAAACCCAGUCAUGUGAGGUUGUGAAUGUCUGAACAGUCGUUUUUCUUUAAAUGUGAUCUGUUUGUUGUG